AUGAGGCAACGCGCGAGGGAGGCCGCCACGAGCCAGCCACAGGACGGAGAAAGAGGUCGGGAGAACGGCAAACGAGGCACCAGCAGCCGCGCGAAUAGUCGAGCGCCGAGCCCGACGUCGAGUCACGGGCACGGGUUUGGGCAUGGACACGGACACGGGCCCUCUUCCUUUGCGCGUGCGCACGGGCGUAGUUCAACCGCUGCGUCUUCAGGCUCGACGUACCACGCCAAUGGUUCCUCUAUCUCUCUCGCUGCUCCCGCUGGAAAUGGUGGGAACAGCGGCGGGUUCAGCUCGCCGCUGUACAAACCGCAGCGCGCACCGCUCCUGCGCGUGUUCGUGCCCAGCCCGGACGGGGAUUGGCUCUCGGACGAGAGCGUGCUCGGGUGCGAGACCGAGCUGGACCGCGCGGGCGUGACGGCCCUGCUUCGAACCGGCGAUGUCGUAUGGGACGUGGCGGUCGGCGAAGAGGGCAACGUCGGAAGGCUGGUGUGGGAUGGGCGGUAUCUUGUCGAUCUGGACUUUAGGUUUAACCGCGCUGGAGAGCUGCCCCCCUACUUCCACAGUUUGGGGUUCGCGCCGAGUUACUUCCACCGCGUUAUUCGUGGCUCUGGUAAUCCGGUCGUGCAUGUGGAUGUGAGCCCGUGGGGCAGCGAGAUCGCUGCGAACCUGCAGCUCAUACAGGAUCGAGCGCGGACAGAAACGCAACACGGCGCGUCGCACAACGUCGUCCGGUGGGUACACCGCUCCUCCUUCGUCCUCCGCCCGCCACCGCGCCCUGCAGCCCCGUCAGACCUGUCCACCCCGUCCGCGCGCCCGCGCCUGCCCAUACCCGGCGUCGAAGGCGCGUUCGUCGACCCGGGGUGGCACGGCACGGUCGUGCUCGAGGCGGAGGGCACGAACGAGGGGCUCGCGGACCUGCAGGAUCGGUGCGGCCCGCGCGCGUUCCCGCCGCGAGCGGAGAGCGUGGCAGAGCGGAUGCGCGGGGAGAGGGCGAAGGGGUGCCGGAAGGUGUGGCGGGUUCUGAGGGAGAGGAGUCGGCCGGGCGAGAUUUGGCUGAAGGCUGUUACGGACAAGGAGAGGUUGAUGUGA